CUGGCGGCCGUGGCCGUGGAGUGGUUAGUGGGGCGGGCGUUCCCCCAGGAGGCCGACGAUCCCCGCUGGGCGGCAACAGACCCUCGGAAGCGAGCCCAAGUUGCGAAUGUUCGAGAUCGGACGGAGACCCACCCGAACCCCAAGAGCGAGAUCGACUACUCUGAUGUGCCAGGGUUCUCGACGUCAGAUUUGAUACAGAUCGAGAAGCAGUCAAGGUCGGUGGUGCGGAAGAGAAACAAUCAGGCGACAAUGGCGACGACUACGACCACCGCCAAGGGAAAGACACGUAAGGAUACUAUCCCUUACCUGUCGACGGCGGUCAACCUGGUUGGGGCAUUCGUCUCGUGGGGUACCUUGGGAUACUGGGGUGGCGCUUCUUGGGCCAGCUACGUCAUCGGGAAGCGCUUGAAGAUCUGGGCCGCGUCGAGGGCAGUCUACUCCACGGCGCAGGAAGUGGUCGAGGUCACCGAGUACGUGAACGAGCGCUGGGACGAAGUGGCCGAGUGCUUUGCGGAGCUCGACCUUGAGUUCAUGCCCCUGAUCGCUUGCGGGCUCUUCGUAAUCGGGAGCAUCGGGCGCGUCUGGAGGUCGCGCAGGCAAGCUCGGCGGUCGAUCGUCGGCGGAGACUCGGACUCGGACCAGUCAGAGAAGGAGUUCGGCCGCGCGGUCACGGUGGUCGGGGGGGGGGUCCAGAUGCAGGAUUCGUUGGGGUCGCCGGUUCAGUCGCAGCCGGAUCUGGCCAGGGAGAUCGCACAGCUAAAGCAAGUGCCUCGCUACGACUCCCCGCGGACCGCGACCGCGACGAGCAGCUCGUCCGCGGGGGGCGCUGUGCCCCUUGGCUCUCCUCGGGGAAGCAGCGAGCUCAGCGGCGGGAUCUCCUCGCUGUUGGACCGCCUCAAGGAGCGCGAGGGGAUCGCGAGGACCGACGUCGCGACCAGGGGGAGCAGGGAUACCGAUUUGCUUGGGGCGCUGCUGCACGCUGGGCCCGCGAGGCUGUCGAGCGCGGCUGGCUCCGGGGGUGCCUCGAAAGUUCUGGGGCUCAUCCAGGUCAUCGAGCAAGAGACGAGGGGCCCCCGGAGCGAGCUGCCGGACCAUUUGCACAAGCAUCGGGACAUCGACGGUUGGAUCCUUGGCGGCGCGAAGGCGAGGAUCGCGGCCCCUCGCUUGGCCCAGCUCUACAAGAACGGGAAGGCGGCGCAGGAGUCCGUAGGGGGCGGCGCGGAGUUCCUACUGCCCGCGAUGAUCCUGGACAAGAUGAUCACGAACCAGAAGGAGGAUAUCAUCAACAGUGCUGCCUGCGAGAUCCUGCGCCGCCGGAUGCGCGGGCUGCAGUUGGCUUUCCAGAGCACACAUCGGCAGGCAGACUGGGAACAAUCUCGCGGGCAACAGGGUUCAAAAUGGAAGUCCAAGGUCCAGCGGGAGCUCUGCGACCAGUGCGACGCGCGCGCGCUGGACGAAAACGAGUUGACGAUGCCCGGGGUCGACGAGGAGGCGCGGCCCAGGCUGGAGAAGGCGCCGUUCAACAAGUACUUGUCGAAGGUCCAGGACGGGCCCCGCGAGGGG